GUUCGCACCGGCGGGCGUUGGGCUUGGCGUGACUGGGCGAUCUUCCGCUUGGGGACGCUCAGGGGGUCCCAGAGGAGGCGUCGAGGACCUGGGGCUUGGGGGGGGGGGUGGCCUGCCGGGGAGCUUGGCUCCCUCGGACCCCAGCCCGCUAAGCGCGGCUGCACGGUGGCCGGGCUCCCACUGGCGGCCGGCGGGAGACGUCACCGAAACCUCGGUGAGCUUGGACGGACCGCUCACCUGCCGCCUCGUUUGCCGUCCUUCAGACAUGGGGCGCAGAAAGUCAAAACGGAAGCCACCCCCCAAAAAGAAGAUGACCGGCACCCUAGAGACCCAGUUCACCUGCCCCUUCUGCAACCACGAGAAGUCUUGUGACGUAAAAAUGGAUCGUGCCCGCAACACUGGAGUCAUCUCUUGUACCGUGUGCCUAGAGGAAUUCCAGACGCCCAUCACAUACUUGUCAGAACCAGUGGACGUGUACAGCGAUUGGAUAGAUGCCUGUGAGGCAGCCAAUCAGUAGCGACGCAGAGGACCCGCUCCCCUGGCAGCGCCGCCUGCCAUGGACCUGCCCCUUUGGCUGCCAGUCCAGAGACAUUCCAGGGUCCAGGGUGUGGGUCCAGGGCCUUCCCAGCCCUCUGUGUAUAUGGAGUGUGUGUGGCUGUGAGUGAGUGCGGUUGUAAGUGUGACCUUGGCGGUGUGCUUGUGGGCAGGGACUGGAGGUGAGGUGGGGUUGUUGGGCCCCCUGGGGGUCUGAAGUGCAUCACUGGGCUCUGAAAGCCUUGAACUUGAUUGCUCCUGCCAGCAGAGGCUGCCUCGGGACCCUCCGGCCUCCUCAGCCACUUCACCAGCACCUUGCCCGUUUGAACUGGACUGCCCUCCCUCCUUCCCUGCCUUCCAAGGCCUGUGGCCUGAGAUUGAGAGCCACGGUCCCGUAGCCCCCUUGGCCAGGCCCUGGCAGAACAGCCCCUUUUCAUGUUCAGUUGCUUUUGUAGCUGAGAAGGGGCUGGGUCGGGGCUAGCUGUCAGCCACAAGCCCUUAAAUAAAGCAGCCGAUGCAAA